AUGUCUGUUCAUUCCCGCAGCUCUAGCUCCGGCUCAGAAUGGACGAGGUCUCCCAGCCGCGCCUCAGGGGCUUCCACCCGGUAUAGAGAUCAGCGCAUUCCAAACACGCCGGCGGUCAACGCCUUGCUCUACUUCUGUUGUCGGAAUCCCAAGAAAGUCAAGAGCGUGAGAGUCUACGAGACCACUUACGACGACGACUUCGAGACCAGAAGCAACGCCUCGUCCUGGUCUUCUUGGUCGAGCGGGAAAAAGAACCUCGAGGCCUACUUCAUCGAGUCCCGGGGCAUGUACUACUACGCAGACCAGGGCUCGCAGUCUCCCAAGAAGCCAAAGAAGCCGUCUUCUUCCAACGGAAGGGGCUCCCGCUCAUCAUCGCACCGGAGUGGUGCGCCUGGACCUGACCCGUGGACCAAGGGGCGUCCAAACCAGGCCCACGUCUCUAGUGAAGACGAGGAGGACUUUGACGACGGCAGCAGCGACGGAAGUUUCGUCGAGGAAGACUUUGCCUACCAGGGUGGCGGUGGUGGCGGUCCUUUCCCCGGCCCGGGUAUGAUGCCUCCCUAUCACGGCGGACCUCCUCCGGGCGCGUUCCAGCCCGUCUAUGGCGGCGGUCCCGGCGGGCCGCCACCAUUUCAUCAGUUUCACCACCAGCCGCCUCCUCCUCCGCAUGGCUUUCCUCCCCGGAUGGCUGGCCCCGUGCCUCCGAUGCCCGGACCGCCACCGCCUCAGGCUGACGGCCACUUUGUGCGAGAUCCGAACGGCAUUCAGGUGUUCACUGGGUAA